AUGGCAGCCUUGGCCGCUACUACCACUGCAGGUGAUGACCAGGCAAAGGAGAACGGAUCUCAGCCUAGGCCGUCCAAGGAGCAGGAGAGCGACACGACUAGCCCAAUGAUCCAGCCAGUAAUGAUUGCAAAGCCCGUGGCGCGCAAGACACCAGCGGCGAUGCGGAUGCACUCGGCCCGCGAGUUGGUGAUUACCGAGAAGAACUUUGUCGACCACCUGUUUGUGAUCAAGAAGCCGAUCAUCCCGUACCAGACAGCGCGCAUGGUGUUUGACGGUAUUGCGUCGCUGCACUCGCACGCCAGCCAAUUCUACCGCGAGAUGGACGCAGCGCUGAGCAGCUUUGAGCACCAUGCUCGGGCACACGCUAGCACCACCGGCAAGGACUUUGACGACGGCAUGCGGAUGGGCCGGUUGUUCCGCAGCAGCGAACGGCACUGGAGCGACUUCAUCACCUAUGUGCGCAACUACGGCAAGGCGGUCCGGUGCCUGAACCAGCUGCAGGACUACAAGCCGUUUGCGCGGUACCACGAGGAGUGCAUGCUGCACAAGCGCACGAACCGCCAGUCGCUGAAAGGACCUCCUGAUGCUGCCGGUGCAGCGCGUAACGCGAACAUCCUGAAGCACACGCCGGUGACGCAUGGCGACCAUGUCGAGCUGUGCCGUGCGGUCAAGAAUGCGUCGCGGCUGGCGUCGAUCGUCAACGAGUGCAGGCGCAAGCAGGAGGAGAGCGAGCGGGUCAUGGAGCUGUUCCAGGCCAUUGCGCUGUGCCCGCCGAUGCCGUACGCCGACUCGCGGGCCUUUUGUGACCGAAUUCAUUGUUCGCGAGCUGAUUUCGCGGCAGCCGACUCGGCUGAUUCUGCGCCUGCGCAGGCCAAGAUCGACGUUGUAACGGCGUCGGCCAACGAGACUGCCGAGGCACAUAUCGAGUGGACGUACUAUGGGUCGGCGCUGCUGGACCAGGUCGAGGACGGCAUGUCGAUGCUGUCAGAAUCCACGCUGCGUGACGCGUUCUCCAGCAAGAAGAAGCCCAAGAAGAAGGGCAAGAUCAGAAAGGGCAUUCUGCAGUCAAGCGGCUCCGGCGACGCGAUCCCCGACCAUAUUGCGGCGCUGUCUCACUCGACGUUCCCGAAGCCCAGUGCCGUCGACGAUGUACUCUGA